GGAAUGUAGUGUUGUGUCACGUGCUAGGAACUGAAGUUUGUGUUUGGGUAGUGAUGGGAGUGUAACGGGUGACGGUUAAACAUAAGAUUGGCGCUUUGUAAGGAAGAAGAACCAUGACAUCAAGUAGUUCUGAUGAAGUUACUUAUUCAAACCAGAAUUCCGUGGCUCCCAAAUUAACAAAUCCUGGCAAUCCGAAACAAGCAGCGUUUGCUGUUGGUGGAAUAUUCAUUAUUUCAUGUUUUGCAUUAAUUUAUUUGUAUGCAAACUUCCCAGAACUUGAAGUGCACGAGAAACCUCAUAUUAAAUUACCAAGGGAUAUAGAAGAUGCAAAACAAUUAGGUCGGGUGCUAGAUAAAUACAAGGACCGAUACUUUAUUGAAGUGCUAGGUGCUGUUUUUGUGACUUACCUUUUCCUCCAAACAUUUGCAAUUCCAGGGUCAAUAUCUCUCUCAAUACUGUCUGGAUUUCUGUUUCCAUUUCCUGCAGCACUCCUACUGGUGUGCUUCUGCUCUGCUACUGGUGCUACUUUGUGCUACAUUUUAUCCCAUUUUUUGGGGCGUCCUUUAAUUCAUAAAUACAUGCCAGAACGAGCUGCAAAAUGGUCUGCUACGGUAAAUAAGCAUCGUGAAAAUUUGCUGAAUUACAUAUUAUUUCUGCGAAUAACGCCUUUUUUACCAAACUGGUUUAUCAACAUAGUUUCACCUGUGAUAGGGGUCCCCAUAGUUCCUUUCUGGCUGGGGACAUUUUUGGGUGUGGCACCACCUUCUUUUGUGGCUAUUCAGGCUGGCCAGACUUUAUACAAGUUAUCUGCCUCAAGUGAUGCCUGGUCAUGGACUUCGGUUAUCCUACUAGCAGCUUUUGCUGUUCUCUCACUGGUGCCUGUCAUCCUGAAGCAGCGAUUAAGAGAGAAGCUUGAAUAAUUAAAAUACAUUCCAAAUGGACACUUUAUGAUUUGUGCUAGGUUGUCUUGUGGACAACCUGUACUUGCUGAAACAUUUAAAGUGCACUGGUGCAGGAACUUCAGAAUUCGAUCUAUGCAUAUGUUUGUUUCCAAAUAUAAAUUAGUUUCAACAUUA